AUGCCCUCCGUCGCCGCCGCCACCUAUGGCCCCAUCUUCGUUGGGGUCGUCUUCAACAUCCUUCUCUACGGGAUAAUGAUCACCCAGACAUACCUAUACUUCAACACCUACAAAAAGGACCGCAUCUGGAUGAAGGCAUUCGUCGGCCUUCUUUUUCUCUGUGAUACCCUCAACUGCGCAUUCGACAUCAGCUUUCUUUACAUUCCUCUAGUCAACAACUUCGGCGAUCCUAACGCGCUCGCAACAGCAUCGUGGGUGUUCGCCACAGAUCCUGUCAUGACGGCCAUCAUCGGGAGUCUUGUACAACUAUUCUUCGCGUGGCGUGUCAAGGUCCUCACGCACAGCACCCUCGCCGUCGUCGUCAUCGCCGCGUGUGCCGUUUGCCAAUUCCUUGGUGGCCUAGGAACCUCGAUCGCCGUGGGCAUGAUUCCGGAGUUUGUUCAGUUCCAGAAAUUCGAAGUAAUCGUCAUUAUCUGGCUGGCCUUCUCCGCUGUAGCCGAUUGCCUGAUUACGGUCGCUCUGGUUUGGCAUCUGCGCAGCCACAAGACUGGCUUUGCCACAACAGAUGACCUCGUGAACAGGAUAAUCCGACUCACCGUCCAGACGGGCUUGAUCACCGCUCUCUGCGCUCUCAUUGACUUGAUCCUGUUCUUGGCCAGCCCUACAGGUCUCCACCUGACGUUCAACCUUCCCCUCUCGAAGCUGUACACGAACUCGCUGAUGUCCAGUCUCAACUCCCGGUCCGGAUGGAAGUACGGAAACAACGGCAGCGGCGACUCCAGCUCCGACGACAUGAACCGUGUCGAGCGCGGCGUCCGGCACCUCGCCGUCCGGGGCGAGUCCGGUCGGCGCGUCAGCCAAAUGACGCCAAACCAGGUGUACAUCGACGUCGAGUCGCACGAGAUGGUGGACGUCAUCGACACGAAGGGAUGUUACCCCCCGGAGCCCGCGUUGCGCACGCACACAUACAGCGAAAAGUCGGGGAAGCUGAGCGCAGCGAAUACUGUGAACAGCGUGAUGUGA